CCUGGAGAAGGGCUGAUGACAACAAUACCAGGUCUUAUGUCUUUAUUUGGGGUUGGUGCUGCAGGCAGAAUCUUCACUAGGGGCCAGAGCAAAACGUGUCACACAUAGCUCAAGGGCUUAAUUUUAAUGCAGGUUUGACUCACCGAUGUUCUGUAAACAUAGACAGCAUGCACUGGUGUGUGUGUGUCUGUGUGUGUCAGAUUAGUAGAGAGAGAGUGUGUGUUUCAGGUGAUGUGUAGCAAUGUGUGUGUGUGUGGGGGGCUCACUCCUUUUCAGAUAUAAUGUCUGUGAAAUGUUAAAACCAGGCCAAUUUUGCACGUUGCCAAACACAUCACUCUUGUUGUUUGACUACAGUAACACAGUAGUAGCCUUGGCCUAAAAUUGUCUCUUGUAAAUUCAUAGCUCAUGAAGAAUUUCUAUCACUAUGUUCAGAUGACAAAUUGCCACACUGGUUGCUUGAGGAUAUAGGCUAUCUUAGAAAAUUGGCUCAGCACAGUGUUAGGAUUUUGUUUUGUUGCACUCUAUGCAUUGAAUGACGCCGAGCAUGUCGCCGCCUAGUGGCGCACACGAACACAGCGCACAACACGACGACCGACACGACUUCACAACCAGAGUGGUAAUAGUGUCAAGGCAGAAAGACCGUACCGCUACCCAGCGCCUAAACUCUCGUGUUUGAACCGGAUUCUGCUGUCGCCGACCUUUCAAUCUGUCCACCGAUCUGAAGGCUGUAAGUGCUCUCAUCGCUUCUGCAUCCACCCCUCCUCUUGUGUAAUCUUGUGUGAUCUCAAGGCAUGGAUGUCACGGUGCGCCUUGGCAGAAUAAAAUAUUGUAAUCCGAAUUGAGUAGUCUACAGUCUGCGACGAUUUAGCACUGGUUUACACAAUCAACUAACUUGACAUUCAAGUUGCAGAGGAAAGUGUAGCCUAGUGCAAUUAAGCUGUGAAAAGUGGAAACCGACCUGACCGUAACCGCAACGGAUAUGUUUUGACUGGUGAGGGUCCGACUUCGGAAUGAAGGCGGCGGUACAGACAGGGAGACGGCGGCCCUUCCAGCGGUUCUGCUGCUGUGGAGUUGGGCUUCUCGCGGUCAUUUGGCUCGCACAGGUCGCGCACGUGACAGAGCCGGAGUCGUCCGGGUCUCAGCCAGAAGAGGGGGGUGUUCCAGUUCGUUCUAGACGCAGGCUGAUGCAGGAGGAGUGGACAGAAGACAACCAGACACUGGACCUUCCUAGACCAGCCGUCCAUGAGUUUCCAGAAGAUAUCUUCACCAAGGAGGAGCUGAAAGCAGGAGCAGUGCUGUUACAUGUGCUGUGUGCUAUCUACAUGUUCUACGCUCUUGCUAUUGUCUGUGAUGACUACUUUGUCCCUUCCCUGGAGAAAAUAUCAGAGAACCUGCAGCUCAGUGAGGAUGUGGCUGGGGCAACCUUCAUGGCUGCAGGAAGCUCAGCACCAGAGCUCUUCACCUCUCUCAUUGGUGUGUUCAUCACUAAAGGAGACGUGGGGGUCGGCACCAUCGUGGGAUCAGCCGUCUUCAACAUCCUGGUCAUCAUUGGUGUUUGUGGCAUCUUUGCGGGCCAGACGGUGGUUCUGACAUGGUGGUCUCUGUUCAGGGACUCCACCUACUACAUCUUCUCUGUGCUGGCUCUCAUCCUGGUUAUAUACGAUGCAAAAGUUGUCUGGUGGGAGGCCGUGCUCCUAAUGACCAUGUAUGGAGUUUACAUUGUUAUCAUGAAGUUCAACUCCCAGAUCAGGGGAUGUGUGCAACGUCGGUUUGGGGGCCGGGGUCAGUGCUGCCUUGUCAGUGAGGGACUCAGAGACGAGGAGAUGGCAGAGGACGGACUCACCUGUAAUACCAACAUGGUGCUGCUCAGGAAAGGACAACCCCAGGGUCAGGAGUCUCCUCCAGUGGUGAUGGUGGACGAGCUCCUGAUCCUCAACCCCCACCAGCUGUCCUUCUCCGAGGCCGGCCUGCGCAUAAUGAUCAGCCCCCACUUCUCCCCUCGCACCAGGCUCACCAUGGCAGGCCGUGUGCUCAUCAGUGAGAGACAGAGGUUGAUCAGGAGUCCCAACAGCCAGCUGGACGGGGAUGCCAGCCCAACGGCAGGGGGCACCCCUCUGAAAGGGUUGGGCUCUGGAGGUCUGGAGAAUGGGGGCAGUGUGGAGAAGCAGACCCCUGACGAGGCCAGGGUAGGAGACGCAGGGGGGGAGAAGCCAGGAGCGGAGGGCUGUCACACUGAGGAAGAGGAGGAGGAUGAUGAUGGGCCAUUCAGGCCUCUGCAUUGGCCAGGGGGAUGCUGUGCGCGGGUCAAGUGGCUGAUCUCGUGGCCCCUGGGCCUGCUGCUGUACUGCACUGUGCCUAACUGUGUGUACCCACGCUGGCACCGCUGGUUCAUGGUCACCUUCGUGGCCUCCACCCUGUGGAUAGCCAUCUUCUCCUACCUCAUGGUGUGGAUGGUCACAAUCAUCAGCUACACACUAGACAUCCCAGACUACAUCAUGGGCAUCACCUUCCUGGCAGCGGGCACCAGCGUGCCAGACUGCAUGGCCAGCCUCAUUGUAGCUCGGCAAGGCAUGGGGGACAUGGCGGUGUCUAACUCCAUUGGCAGUAAUAUCUUUGACAUCCUGUUGGGGCUGGGUUUCCCCUGGGCUCUGCGCACUCUGGUGGUGGACAACGGAUCAUUGGUCUACAUCAAUAACAAGGGCCUGGUGUAUUCUGUCGUCCUGCUGCUGGCCUCUGUCUUCCUCACAGUCAUGAGUGUCCAUCUGAACCACUGGAAGCUGGACCGCCGUCUGGGCCUGGGGCUGAUAUUACUCUAUGCCGUCUUCCUGCUCUGCUCCAUCUUCUUUGGGCAGAUGUGAGGCUGACGCUGGGGUCGAAGGUCAACCCUGAUUUGCCUUCCUGUCAGCUGCCACGUCUUGAAGUCCUCUGUCUCCCUGAGAUACUCUGUCCUAAAGCCAAAAAAAACAGCCUCAGCUACAUCGUGCUACAGUUAACAUGUGAUGUACCACAAACAGGAUAUCCUUGGGUGACAUUGUACACAAAUACACGUUUUACUAUCCUUGUGGGGACCUAAAACCCUUGCCCUAACCCUAAAUAGCCUUUGUCCACAAGGGAGAAUUUUCCUUGUUUUACUAUCCUUGUGAGGACUUCCGGAUAGUCUCACACACACACACACACACACACACACACACACACACACACACACACACACACACACACACACACACACACACACACACACACACACACACACACACACACACACACACACACACGUUGUGUUCUUCUAUCCUUGUGGGGACCUAAAAUGCAUUUCCAUUCAAAACACUACUUUCCCUAACUCCUAACCAUAAACCACUAACCCCUUACCCUAAUUCUAACCUUAAUGGUAACCCUAAACCUAAAUCCUAAACUUAAAAUAACCUUUGUCCUCGUGGGGACGUGGGAAAUGUCCCCACGAGGGACAACUUUCCUUGUUUCACUUGUGGUGACUCUUGGGGAUUUUAAGGUCCCCUCAAGGAUAGAAGAACCUACUCACAUACACACACACGCGCACACACACGCACACACACACACACACAGCAGUCUUUUCUAUAGCACAAACCUUUUUCUUCCGAAGUUUGUUGUUUUCAUACUUAGCAACACCUAAUGUUCAGCAGUGACCAAUGGAAAAAUAAUACAGUAGACUAAUCCUCGUUUCUUGACCUUACGUUUGGAACGCCCAGUGUUUGUUUUCAAUGUAUGCCCUAGCUGACAUUACCUUGUUGUGUGGUGAUACAGUGUGUACAUUUGUGCAAAUGUGUAGCAGUGCUGGGGUACAGUGGAGCAUAGAACUGUCAGUAAGGUACUAUGAACGAAGCAAUAAGAAAAAUGAACGCUGUUAAUGUGUCAUAGACUUAUAAUAGAAGAAGUAUUCGUAAGAGAUGCAGAUUAUGUGACUAGAAUUUGUAAAGUGACUGACCGAGUUCCUCCAAAGAGGAUUCAUUAAUA